AAUGUAGCAAAAUCUAGGGAGUCUUUCAAGAAAACUGUUAAAGAAAAUCGAUGUUUUUAAUUGUCAACAAUGAAAAUAGAUGACUUAUAUAAGUAAAAAAAAAAGGAAUAGAUGAUUUAAUAAGUAGUGGUAGAAAAAUAAGUACUUCGAGCCGAAGCACAUAACGAAUGGUUAAGCCAUAUGUGUUCCUAGUCGUUUGCCAGGGCAUCCUCUAUUUCAACACGUGACAUACAGGCAUGUACGUUUACGUACGUAUAGAGUUAUGUUUUGUCCUUGUUUUCUGUUUAUUUUAUCAAAACUGUUAAACCUAUCCCAAAACAGUGGUCUGGGAGUCGUUUUCGUGUAACAAAGAGACAUUAAAAAAAAACAAAAAGAGAUUCCUUAGUAUACAUAAAUACACACGUAGACACUCAUGCACAUGCCACGAAAGAAUACGUAUACUCUUGACGUGUCCAUGAAUAUAUAUAAACGUACUCUUCAAUUUUCAUUUCACUCUAUAUAUAUACUAGUUACUAAUUUAGACUGUAAAUAAAAACAUCCAUCUCUCAAAGAACACACCAUGGAAGAAGAGCAACCUCCGACCAAGAAACGAAAUAUGGGAAGAUCAAGAAAAGGUUGUAUGAAAGGUAAAGGUGGUCCAGAGAACGCUACUUGUACUUUCCGUGGAGUUAGGCAACGCACUUGGGGUAAAUGGGUCGCUGAGAUCCGUGAGCCUAACCUUGGCACCCGCCUCUGGCUCGGCACUUUCAAUACCUCGGUCGAAGCCGCCAUGGCUUACGAUGAAGCCGCUAAGAAGCUUUACGGACACGAGGCUAAACUCAACUUGUUGCACCCACAACAACAACAAAAGGAAAAAGUUAACAGGAACUUGUCUUUCUCGUUAACAGGAACUUCUUGGGAUUAUAAGCUAGAUAAGGUUCAUGGGUUGGACCUUGGUCUCGUCCCGUCAAGUGGGUCACGCGGUUCGUGGUCGGGGAGUUUUAGUUUUAUACAAGAAGAUGACAAAACUACAAGUGAGUCGAGUGUUUCUUGGUUAUUACCAAAACGAAGUGAUUCACAAGAUCAAGAAAGCGUUCAUGCUGCGAGUAGCUUGACGUUUUCGACGAAGUUGAAACCGAUGAUGACUCCUGAUUAUGGAUUAUCAAAUGGAGUUGGUUCUAGGUUUCUUGUAGAGCAAGAAAAGAAGACGGUAUAUGAUGUAUCAUCAUCGUGUGGCUCGUCGGAUAAUAAGGAGAGUAUCUUGGUUCCUAGUGUCGGCGUCGGGGAAGUGAUGCAUAGGACGGAGGUGGAGGAAGGGACAGGGUAUUUGGAGAUGGACGACCUUUUGGAGAUUGAUGAUUUGGGUUUGUUGAUAGGUAAAAAUGGAGACUUCAAGAAUUGGUGUUGUGAUGAGUUUCAACAUCCAUGGAAUUGGUUCUUAGAGUUUGAGCAUGUUUUGAGUUUCCCUAUGCGAUAUGUAAAAUAUAGAUUUUAUACGAACACUACCGAAGUCGGAGACGCUCCCAGACACAGUAAUCGAGACACCCUUUAUGGCUUUCUUUUCUGGCGCCGGUGAAGGCGUUUCUCGCCGGCGCCGGGACUUACCGGCUCACCUAUGCCUCCUUUUCGUAGCUAUGUUCUUUUCAUACCUUUUGCUCUGUGUUUCACCGUUCAUAAAGCUGUUAUUAUGCGGUGGAGUGAAGAU